GAUGUCUUUGUAAUAAAAACAAAAUUUAUUAGUCAAAGAGAUUAUUGAAAAAGGAUAUAACAUAGAAGCUUUUCAAAAAAGUAUUGAUCAACGUCAUGAUCUUGAACAAUGGGAUUAUGAUCAACUAAUCGAAUUUGUUAAACAAUUUUAAGAUUAAUAAAAUGAUUAUGUUUACAUUUUAAAAUGUAAUAAGACUAUUCCAAAUGCAAUAUCAUAAAUAUAAGAUGUAAAAGCUACAGUUGUUGGUUAUGAGAAGAUCUAAAAAGGUAUUUUUAAGAACACUUCUAUUUAUUUUUAAAUUGAAACUAAACCUACUAAUUGGGUGGUCAAGAGAACAUAUGAUGACUUUAUAUUACUCAAAACUACAUUGAAUAAAUAUUUUACAGUUCCCAAUAUUCCAAAUCAAAGAAAAUCUCCUGUUGAUUUUACAUUUAUUAAAUAAUUAAGACAUUUGCAAAUGUUUCUAAAUUUUAUUAUUGCAGACAGUGAAAUAAGAAAUUUAACAAUUAUUCAAGAAUUUUUAUCAACAGAAUAAUUUACAAUUAAUCAAUAAUUUAAUUAUUCUAAUAUGAAUGGUGAAGUUAAUGUUAGAAUAAAUUAAUCAAUAGCUAAUUUUAUAAAAUAGUCUGAUUAUUUUUUAACAAACAUAUCACCUAUUUAAAAAAAGGCUUAUAAAUUAAUAAAAUAGUUAAUGAAAUAAAUGCAAUAAAAAAAUUAAACAUUGAUUUAAUUAACUGAUGUGUAUAAGGAAUUAUUUCGAGAAUCAAAAGCACAAAAUACAAGAUUGAAAGAUUGUUAUAAAAAUUUAAACGACUUAUUUGAAUCAUCAUAAAAAUUAGAAUCAAAUUAAAUAAAGAUAUUUAAUGAGACUAUUUAUCCACAAUAAAGAUUUUAAUAUCAUCAAACACAACCUCUUAAAGAAUUAAUAAUUUUGAGAGACAAAUCUUUAAACUCAUAUUAAGAGUUUUCUUAACAAUUAAAAUAAAAAAAAGAAAAAUUAUUUCAAAUGGGUGAAGUUAUAAAAUGGGAUUUAGAUGAAAGCUUUUUAGAUCAUUUCAAAAUAGAUUAAAUAAAAUCAAAUCCUAAAAUUGCAUUCUAAUGCAUGUGCUAGAAUGUAAUUUAUUUAAUUCAAGUAUUUUAAGGAGAAUGCAUAAUAAUUAUAAUUGAAGAAUCAAUAUGGAGCUUUAAAUUAGAAAGCUUAUUAAACCAUUGAUUAAAUUAUUAAUUACACUUCUUUAUAAAUUAAGGAGUAUUUGGAAAAGAUGUUGAAGUUGAUGACUUCAUCCUUCCAGUAAUAUUAGACAGUUAUGAUUGAAAUAUCAAAUAAUCUUAUAGAAAUGUGA